GAGAGAAAAAAAAACCCAAAAUCACUAGAAGAUCUAGGUCAUUAGUUGGGCCAGAUAGCAAGCAAAAUAUUUGUGGAUCUGAAGCAUGAUAUUCGCAGCAGAAUCAAUAGAGAUUCUCGCCGAAAUUCUUCUAUAUAUAUUAUCAAAUCUGGUUAUUGAAUCCGAAAUUGUGAGAUAUGAAGACUCUGAAACUAAAUGAUAGUGCAGAGGACAGGCUGAGCAAUUUACCCGAUUGCGUUGUUCUUCACCUAUUCUCUUUUCUGAAUGCCAAACAAGUUGUUCAGACGUGUGUUUUAUCCAAAAGAUGGGUCAAUCUCUGGAAGUAUCUUCCCACACUUAACCUAUUUUCUUCAGACUUCGACAAUUUCGACAAUUUCAUCAGAUUUGUCACUAAUAUUCUCCGUCAUUGCUAUCGCGAUCCCUCCACUUCACUGCACACACUCGAUUUUCGCCACAAUGGCGGCCUAGUUCCCCACCUCGACAUCGGCCUGAAUCCCGAUCUCUUCAAUUCGAUAUUAGAUUAUGCUGUCUCACACAAUGUCAAGCAAUUACGAAUGAAUGUCAAAUGUGAUAUUGAAGUCUUUCCGUCUUGUAUCUCUUCAUAUCACAAUUUAACAUCUCUUAACUUUUUUGUCCCACCGAGAAACCCUAGAAAUCGUCGUGGUAAAAUAUUAUUUCCAAACUCUCUAAAUUUGCCAUCAUUGACCUACUUGAAUAUAGGGUUUGUGGCCUUUCAUGGCGGAUUUGAUUAUUUUUCAGCUUUUCCCCGUUUGAAUAAAUUGCUUAUUUGUCACUUUGUUAUUUUGGGUGCACAAAAUCUAUGCAUAUCAAGUACCACCCUUGAUGCAUUAGUCAUACAAAAGUAUUCUAAACCCCGGGUCCAUUGCAAAAUUGAGCUAUCUACCCCAAGUCUCUCUAGUUUUGUUUUUAUCGGCACUCUGUUUCAGAUAGUUCGUCGGAGCCAUCUCGGUUCUCUUAAACAGAUGGAGAUUUACUUGGAUAAAAUAGUGAAUUAUGGAGAAGCUCCCUCGGCUCUGAUCAACUUGUUUCAAGAACUUGCUGAUAUUAAAUCAUUGGUGUUGUACUCUACUAGUCUUCAUGUUCUCUCCUUAUUUCCUGAUGUAUGCAAGGUUAAACUCAAUUCCUUGCGCAAGUUGAAGACAUUGAUAAUCAAAGAGAAAGGAAUUUCAUCUACUUUAUCCGAGUUAUUGAUUAAUGCCAAAUUAGCUCAAAAUCCCGCCAGAUCACAGGAAGAAGUUGUCAAGUUAACCGAAGAAUUGAAAGAACAAUCUUCAUCCAUACCUAGUGAAAUAAUUGGAUUUUUGCUUCAAAAUUCACCUUCUGCAAAAUUUCACAUCAUUAAUUAGAUGAUCCAUCCAAAAGUAGAAAAGAAGGUAAAGGUUGCUCAAAGUUUGUAAAAAUGGGAUUGGAUAUGAAGAAGUUGAUGUAGAAAGUACAAUUAGAAGUUGUUAAGAUAUUAUGGAAUAGUUGAACCCUCUCCUAUGCUUUACUUGCUUGUGAGGUACCAUAUAGUGUUUGAGAUUGCCAGGAAACAUAUAAGUUUGUAAAAAACAUGUAGCUAUAAGAAGGAAUUCCUUGAAAGUAGCCAUAGAAUCUGUUUGGAUACAGGAUUGUAGGGGAUGGCUCUCAGAAUCUGUUUGGAUACAAUAUUGUAGGGGAUCGGCUCUCUGAAUCUGUUAGGAAUUGUAAGAGAUAUCUAUGAAAUCUCCAUAUGAGAACUCAUCCUUGAAGAGAAAUCAGAAGCAUAAGUGCAUACAUCUAUCUAUAUGAAUUGUAUAUAUCUUAACUGAAGUAAGAGUAGAACAGUUAUUCUAACGAACUUGCAUUCAGAAUUGAGGUGUAUAUAGAAAAUCCCCGGCAAAAACAUAGUAACUAUAGUAUGAUUCUUUUAAUUUGUUGAUUCCAAGAAAUUGAACAAUGCAUCAUAAAAUUAAGACCAACGUUGUGUUAGACUGCCAACUUCUUUAUACUGGUUAUGUUGUUACAAGAAGAAGCUCAUGCUGCUUGCAAUAUAUAUUCCCUAGAUAGUAGUUUACUGCUAACUAGUAUUAUGAAACUGUUGACUGAGCUUUCUGUAGAAAUAAUUGUUCGCAUUGGAUGUGAAGUAUCUUAUUUAAAUUCCUGAACAUUCUAUUUAUAUAUUUAGUAAUGGGAUUAAAAUUUCAUCAGUAGCUCUGAAAUCCAUCAUUGAAUUUGGAGAUCUUUGCUGCUUAUUACAUAGCUUCGUCUCACAUGGUGAUUUUGAGGAGCUUGUUGUUGAUUUUACUU